GCUGGGCGCGGGCCGGUCCCGGCAGCGGCGCGUGCGCGCGGCCCGGCCCCUCAGCCGGGAGCCGCCAUGUCCGUGGCGUUCGUGCCCGAGCGGCUGCGCGGCGCGGCCGAGGUGAACCAGGACACGCUGCAGCGGCUGCUGGAGGAGAACGACCAGCUGAUCCGGUGCAUCGUGGAGUACCAGAACAAGGGCCGCGCCACGGACUGCGUGCAGUACCAGCAUAUCCUGCACAGGAACCUCAUUUAUUUAGCUACAAUUGCUGAUGCCACUCCACCCAGGACGCAGAAGCCUGUAGACUGACAGCAAUGCCUGGAUGUGAGCAGUGCUGCUUUCAGAGGCUGUAGAAAUAGUUUAGAGUUCCACUUUGGAAACCAAGAAGGUGUGGGUUUGAAAAAAGCAGGUAAAAAGUGAUCUGUACUUCUGUGUUUAAAAUAUGAAUGUAGUUUUCAGUGUAGUAUUAGGCCAGCUUUUUCCCUGUUACUGUAACUAACACAGCUUAAGAAUGGUAAUAAUCACAUUCCCUUUUCCCUCUGAAAAACUCGAUUCAGUGUACUUCUGGGAAGAGCAUGGUUGUCAAGACAGCACUAUGGGAAGCAGAGCCCAUUUCAUGAGUAAGAUUUGGUAAUAACAAGGUAAAUGUUACUCUAGGUGACUCCUACCUCCAACAUGACAAAGUUGGGCAUGUGUUCCAUAUAUAAAAGCAGUAGACUCUUGUAUCCUGUAUCAGAACAAUCGUCCUAAAUAAAUAAACUAAAGUUGUUUUUAAGUUGUAGUAUAUACUGAAUUAACAUAAUACAUUAAUUAAAGAGCUGCUCCAUGAUUUAGUCAAACAGAAAUGUUAACUUUCCCAGGACUGGUGGGAUUGCCACACCAUGCAGCAGUUAUGUGUAAGGGAGAAACCAAGCUAUUAAUUUUAGCUUUUGCCCAAGUUUAUUAAGGCUUUUUCUCUGUGCUUGAAAUGCUCUGUAAACAAGUCAGUUCUCGCAUAAUAAAGAUGGGUUCGUGUGCUUCCUGAGUACUGUCAGCAUUGCUGGCCAGCUGCUUGCAUGAGUGCUCCUAUCCAGUAAGGAAGAAAGCAGCUUUGCACACCCUACAUAUGGCAUUCCAGUGCCACAGUUAACACACACUGAACUAACAGCCUUGAUCACAGCAGGGAGGGGGACAGUUUCCUUUUUGCUUACUACCUUCAAAGUUAUUGGCUCCAAUUCCUAAAAAUUUGAGUAAUGUGAUUUUGGCAAUGUUUACCUGCACUACUGGUUCAAAGAUCCUGCUGGCAUUGUCUGUACCACAUUCUUCUGUGACAGCACCUGAGAAAGCACCUUUAAAGAUUGGACUGUGCAUAAAGUUCAUUUUUAUAUGAUAGAGUCAGUAAGUAGGCAGUUGACAAUUUUCAAACUGUUAAAUAAUCCCAUGUUAAUGUAAUAAGAUCUUUGUUUACAAACUGAAGUUACAGUUUAAGGUGCUGCUCAUUUUCAGCAAGGUGCGUAUUUUAAACAGGUAUGACCUAUUAAAUGUAUAUCUUUAAUAAAGCAAAUAGUUUACUUUUACAGAAGCUUUAAAA